CUGUCUUGUCGGCGUAGGUCUCCAAUUCUAGUGACGCGUACGCCAUCUUGCAUUCAGCGAGCGUCGAGCUCAACAGAAACGCAGUUCGCGCUCCGCCGCUAUACCGAGUUACCAAGUGAAAUUUCGGUGAGAUGAACAGUCAGAGCUCCCGCAACGAAACGGCAGCCGCCGCGCUUAACGGCUCGGAUUCAACGGCGGCGGCGGCGGCUCCCCGAGACCGCAAAACAGGAGGCGGUUUUCCGAAAAGGCUGAAAUCGCGACGAAAUCAAGUGGACCGGCGGCCUGUAACGGAGGAAGAGCUGCGGGCGCUGGAGAGACACAUCACUCCGGAUGAAGUUUUGGGACUCAGCGCAAUCACUCGCGACUAUCUGUGUAAACCAGAGGACAACAUCUACAGCAUUGACUUUACACGGUUUAAGAUCAGAGACCUGGAGACAGGGACGGUCCUUUUUGAGAUUGCCAAACCGCCACACUGUGAUCUUGAUGAGGAGGAUGAGGAAAACGGAGAGGUUGACACCAGUGCCGGGCGCUUCGUCCGUUACCAGUUCACACCUGCGUUCCUUAAGUUACGCACAGUCGGAGCCACUGUGGAGUUCACAGUUGGCGAUCGACCUGUUACCAAUUUCAGAAUGAUUGAGAGGCAUUAUUUUCAAGAUCGCCUCCUGAAGAGUUUCGACUUUGACUUUGGCUUCUGUAUCCCGAACAGCCGGAACACGUGUGAACAUAUUUAUGAGUUUCCCCAGCUCCCAGAUGACCUCAUUCGAUUGAUGAUUGAGCACCCGUAUGAGACCAGAUCAGACAGUUUCUACUUUGUGGACAACAAACUCAUCAUGCACAACAAGGCAGAUUAUGCUUACAACGGGGGCCAGUAGUGCCUCUUCAACGGGAAACCUGACGAUUGUUUGUUGGAGUGACCGUGUGGUUUUGCGUGGAAUGCAAAUAUAGGAACGCCCCUCACUACCAGCUACACACGGUGUUGUCACCACCAGCUUUACGAUCUGGCACCAUCGACCCACCCAACUGGAAAUGACCUUCCCUCAGUGAAGUUCCUGCAUUCCACAGACUGUACGCACUACUUGUGGGUUUGGCAAAAAAAGAAACGGAGCCUUUCUCCUGCGCCACACUCGACUAGCCGGAACUGAAGAAUUGUCCUGUCUUCCUGCUUCAGGAUGAGUUUUUGUUUUGCAACUUUUGUUGUCUUCCUGCACCCA